UUCUUCCCUUUCCCACAUAUAAAUGUACAACUCCAUGUCUCUACUUAUCACCAUUGUGCAAGAGGUAGGUAGGUGAGCAAGAAAGCCGCAAAUGAAGCCUCACGCAGUAGUAAUCCCAUACCCAGCACAAGGCCACAUCGCCCCCGUCCUCAGGCUUGCUAAACUCCUCCACUACAGAGGCUUCUUCAUCACCUUCGUCAACACAGAGUUCAACCACAACCGUCUAGUUCGGGCCCGCGGCCCCGAAGCCGUCAAGGGCCUCGAUGACUUCCAGUUCAAAACCAUCCCAGAUGGGCUGCCGCCGUCAGAAUCCGAUGCAACGCAGGACAUCCCCCUGCUCUCCCAGUCCAUGUCCAAGAACUGCUUGGCCCCCUUCUUGGACCUCAUUAACAGUCUCAAUGAUUCACCGGAUUGCCCCAAUGUUAGUUGCAUAGUCUCUGAUGGGGUCAUGAGUUUCACUCUUGAUGCUGCUGACAAGGUAAAUAUACCUGAGGUGGUCUUUUUCACUACCAGUGCUUGUGGAUUCAUGGGCUAUCUUCACUACGGUGAACUUGUUACCAGAGGAUAUGUCCCUUUUAAAGAUGAAAGUUGCUUCACCAAUGGAUAUCUGGACACUGAAAUCGAUUGGAUUCCAGGGAUGAAAGGAAUCCGUCUAAGGGACAUUCCCACAUUCAUCAGAACGACAGAUCCAGAAGACAUAAUGCUCAACUACAACAUUGUGCAGCACGAAAAUGCCUCAAGGGCCAGAGCCAUCAUUUUCAACACAUACGACGAUCUAGAAGAUGAAGUUCUGGAGGCCAUUCGAGCAAAAUUCGACAAAGUUUACACAAUCGGUCCCCUCCAACUCCUCGAAAACGAGAUAUACGAGCGAAAACUCACCUCAAUCGGCUCAAAUCUGUGGAAAGAGGACGUGGAGUGCUUGGACUGGCUAGAGCAGAGGGAAGACGCCUCAGUUCUGUACAUCAACUUCGGCAGCAUCACCCCUCUAACCCCCGAUCAGAUGGUGGAGUUCGCGUGGGGGCUUUCCAGCAGCAAUCAGAAUUUCUUGUGGAUAAUCAGGCCUGAUUUGAUUAACGGAAAAGGGUCAGUUCUGCCUGAAGGGUUCUUGGAGGAGACUAAAGGGAGAGGGCUGAUGGUGGGGUGGUGCCCCCAGGAGCAGGUUUUGGGCCACCGGGCGGUAGGCGGAUUCUUGACGCACUGCGGGUGGAACUCGACGAUUGAGACGAUAUCUUCGGGAGUUCCAAUGGUUUGCUGGCCGUUUUUCGCUGAGCAGCAGACGAAUUGCCGAUACGCUUGCGCGAAGUGGGGGGUUGGGGUGGAGAUAGAAGGGGAUGUUACGAGAGGGAAAGUGGAGAAAAUGGUGAGAGUUAUGAUGGAAGGGGAGAAGGGGAAGGAGAUGAGGAAGAAGGCGUUGGAGUGGAAGGACAAGGCUCGCGUCGCAGCUAAGCCUGGCGGCUCUUCCUUCACCAACUUGGAGACGUUGAUCAAUGCCACUCUCCUCAACAACAACUAGUCCCUUUUUUAUUUUAUUUUAUUAUUUUUUUCAAAAAAAUAUUAUUAUUAUUAUUGUACUUUUUUUGUUGAUGGAGUUCAGUUCAGAAUAAAAUGGAUAUUGUGUAUAAUCUUGGAAUUCGACGGUCUUAUUAUUAAAGUGAAGCAUUUGAUUGUCAUA